CGUCCAGCAACCAGCUCCCACAUCAAAUAUAGUUAUGCAGAUUGCUUGCUUUGGCAUUUUUCCAAAUUUGGAUAGGAAAGAAAGACAUUUUCCUAAGGUUAACAAAUGGGAGACUGGUCCAUUCUUGGCCGCUUCCUAACGGAGGUGCAGAACCACUCCACGGUGAUCGGCAAAAUCUGGCUGACCAUGCUGCUUAUAUUCCGCAUCCUGCUGGUGACCCUGGUGGGGGACGCGGUGUACAGCGAUGAGCAGUCCAAGUUCACCUGCAACACCCUGCAGCCUGGUUGCAACAACGUCUGCUAUGACACCUUCGCCCCUGUCUCACACCUGCGCUUCUGGGUCUUCCAGAUCGUGCUCGUCUCCACACCGUCCAUCUUCUACAUUGUCUACGUGUUGCACAAGAUCGCCAAGGAUGAGAAGUUAGAGAUUGAGAAGAUCCAGGUGGUCGCCAAGCACCCUCCUGCACGUGAAAGGCUCAAACAUGUAGGGGUGGAGGGUGGGGAAGCCGUGGGGGCCAGCAGCCCCUCCUUCAUCCCCCGUUAUGAGGAGGAGUGGGGCACCCGGGAAGGGGAGUGUGUGGAGCAAAGCCUGCUGGAGGAGGACUUGAGGGAGGUGGGGAAGGACCCCACCGAGCUGUCCAGCCAGGUACUACUGACCUACAUCAUCCACGUGGUGCUGCGCUCCGUCAUGGAGAUAGCCUUCCUAGUGGGCCAGUACUAUUUGUUUGGAUUUGAAGUGCCUCAACUGUUCCGCUGUGAGACCUACCCCUGUCCCAACCGGACUGACUGCUUCGUGUCUCGUGCCACGGAGAAGACCAUCUUCCUCAACUUCAUGUUCAGCAUCAGCCUGGGCUGCUUCAUCUUGAACAUUGUGGAACUGCACUACCUGGGAUGGGUCUAUAUUUUCCAUGUGUUGUGCUCGGCCUGCUCCACAUGUUGCGAGCCAGAGAGGGACCCUGUGGAACGCAUGGACCUGUAUCACAACCACAACCCUCUGCUGCUGCAGCUCAAACACUCCCUACGAGGCAGAGUGGUCCUGCAGACCCCCCCUCCCAUGUCCCAGGAGAAGAGCAGUGGCAUCUUGUCAACCCACACCCCUGCCUUCUCCUUUGAGACUGACUACACAGUAGAGUGCACCUCCAAGAGGAGCCCAGAUGAGAAAGAACGCACUAAAGCCAAACUGGCCAACAUGUCCAAAACAGGCAGAGGCAAGAAGUCCUGGCUGUGAACUAUCAAUCUGUCCUUUCCUUUAAAUAUUCUUCCUUUGCUUCCUCCUCUGAUUGCAUUUGUUCAUCUGACGAUUGAUUACUUUUGUUUACAGUAAGACAGAGUACAAAAGCAACAGUCAUUUGAGUCUUUUGCAGUUAAUCUUAAGAAAUUCCCAUAGCACACAAGAGGAGAACCCAUAGUAUGCAAAAGCAUACAGACUAAGUGCUCACAUUUCUGUGUACAGGGCCGGACCCAAGCCUUUUGGGGGCCCUUAGCGAGAUUUUAUUAAAAUGUUUUUCCCGAGAAGUGGGGUGGCCCACUAACCAAAUCCUGCUUAGGGUUACCAAAAGGCUAGGGCCGGCCUUGUACAAACAGAAAUAUGAGCACAUACAGUCUGUAUGCUUUUGCAUACUAUGGGUUCUCCUCCUUUGCGUGCUAUGGGAAAAAUGUAUGUUUAAAAGUUAAUUUCCUGCAAUUCUACACAUUUUACCUUAGGCAGUAGGGAAAAUUUUACAGUUUUAAAGCAAGCUUUCUGCAAUUCUACACAUUUUGUCAAUACUUGACAUGUUAAUAAUAUCUGAAUGAGAGUGACUAACAAAAUCAAUGAGGGCCCCCUGGAGGUCCCGGUCCCUGGGCACAUGCUCUGCAUGCCCGGUCAGUAUUUGGCCAUGAUUAUUACAUGUUUAGAUAACUGGCUAGAAUAACUUACUAAUCAAAAAAUUGUUAGCUGACAUGGCUAAUUGAGUGACUUUCAGUGA